AUGUCGUUGUUUAAAGCUAGAGACUGGUGGUCCACCAUACUUGGAGAAAAUGAAGAAUUUGACCAGGGCUGUCUGUGUGUUGCUGAUGUUGAUAAUAGUGGCAGUGGGCAAGAUAAAAUCAUUGUGGGCAGUUACAUGGGAUAUCUCCGAAUCUUCAGUCCACAUCCUGUGAAGCCUGGAGAUGGAGCCCAACCUGAAGACCUGCUCUUGGAAGUGCAGUUAAAAGAACCAAUAUUGCAGGUGGAAGUGGGAAAGUUUGUUUCUGGUACUGAAGGACUUCACCUGGCUGUGCUGCAUUGCCGAAAACUCUGUGUGUAUGCUGUUUCAGGAACUCUGGGAAAUGUGGAACAUGGGAACCAGUAUCAGAUUAAACUGAUGUAUGAGCACAAUCUUCAGCGAACUGCCUGUAACAUGACUUAUGGUCCUUUUGGUGGUGUCAAAGGGCGAGAUUUGAUCUGCAUCCAGUCCAUGGAUGGGAUGCUGAUGUUGUUUGAGCAGGAGAGUUAUGCUUUUGGCCGUUUUUUACCUGGUUUUCUCCUGCCUGGACCCUUGACUUACAGCUCUCGGACAGAUUCUUUCAUUACAGUGUCUUCUUGCCAACAGGUCGAGAGUUACAAAUACCAAGUGCUGGCGUUUGCGACAGAUGCUGAUGAAAGACAAGAAACAGAACAGCAAAAACUUAGCUCUGGGAAAAGGCUUGUGGUGGACUGGGUUUUAAACAUCGGGGAGCAAGCCCUGGAUAUUUGUGUUGGCUCCUUUAAUCAGGCAGUUUCCUCUGUUUUUGUCCUUGGUGAGAGAAACUUCUUUUGCCUGAAGGAUAAUGGGCAAAUUCGAUUCAUGAAGAAGCUUGAUUACAGUCCAAGUUGCUUCAUUCCUUACUGUUCAGUGAAGGAAGGAACAAUCAACACUCUGAUUGGAAACCACAGUAAGAUCUUGAAUGUUUACCAGGAUGUUACACUGAAAUGGGCCUCUCAGCUUCCCCACGUUCCUGUAUCAGUAAAAGUAGCAAAUUUACAAGACCUGAAGGGUGUUAUAGUCACUCUGAGUGAUGAUGGGCAUCUUCAGUGUUCCUACCUUGGAACUGAUCCUUCGAUCUUCCAGGCUCCUAAGGUUGAUUCUAGGGAAAUAAACUAUGAAGAAUAUGAUGCUGAAAUGAAAGAGCUUCAGAAAAUCAUCAAGGAAGCCACAACAGCACGAGAUAUUUUGCCCCAAUCUGAAAAACACAAAGAUGUAAUUGUCACAGCAGAAGUUUCACCUGAUUUGGAUGCAGAAUCACAAGCCGUUGACAGUGAGGUGAAAGCAGAGGCAGUGCCAUCGGUCACAGUAAAGAUAACAAUCCAGAGCAGAGUGACUGCACAGAAACCAAACCUGACAGUUUGUGUACAAGCUCCAUUAGCAGUGACCUGUGACCAGUUCAUCUUGGAUGAUUUAGAACAAGAUUCAUCUGAAACCGUGGUGGUGUCUGUCUUUUUGAAGGGGAAUUGUUCUCCAUCAGAACUAGAAGGAAAUUGUCUGGUUUCAUAUAAUAUACCCACAGAGCUCAAUCCUGAAGGAGUACCAAAAGUUGCACAGUGUAACUUCAAGCUGCCUCUGCGCUUAAUUUGCUCUCCAGCUCAGCCUUCAAAAGCAGCAAACCACAAGCUGACCAUUGAUACCAAUAAACCUCCCAUCAGUUUUCUCACCAUUUUCCCAGACUUUGUUGAUCCAUCUGAUGAUGACCAGGCAAAUGUUCUGGGAUUUCAGUUUUUAGCUGGUUCAAAGACCACUCUUCUUGCUUCAAAGACAUCACAGCGAUACAGGAUCCAGAGUGAUCACUUAGAAGACCUUUGGCUGAUAACAAAAGAGCUCACCCUUCGACUGGAAGAACAUUUCAAGAAGCAAAACUGCAAAGACUUUGCCUGUACCUUUUCUGGCUCAAUUCCCCUGCAAGAAUAUUUUGAACUGAUUGAUCAACAUUUUGAGCUACGGCUGAAUGCUGAGAAGUUUCAGGAGCUGCUGUCUGAAAGGGCUGUGCAGUUUCGAGCUAUCGAGCGGCGAUUGCUGACACGAUUCAAAGACAAAACUCCUGCUCCUCUUCAACAUCUGGAUACCUUGCUGGAAGGGACGUUCAGAGAGGUAAUAGCUCUAGCAGAUGCAGCAGAAGCAAACCAAGCCAACAUGUUCCAGGCAUUCACAAAGUUGAAAAGUGCCACCCAUCUGGUGAUUAUGCUGCUUAGUCUGUGGCAGAAGCUCAGCACAGACCAAGUCGCUAUUCUGGAAGCUACAUUUUUGCCAUUAGCAGAAGAUACACAGGAGCUGGGUUGGGAAGAGACUGUGGAUGCUGCCAUUUCUUACCUGUUAAGAACUUGUUUGUCUAAGAGCUCUAAGGAACAGGCUCUGACUGUCAGCAGCCAGUUGUGCAUGCCCAAAGAUACAAGCAGACUGAAGAAAAACAUCACCCUCUUUUGUGACAGAUUGGCCAAAGGUGGUCGCCUCUCCUUGAAUACAGACUCAGCCACUCAGCAAGCUGCUGUCUUGCCAGGUGGCUGUGCUCCCAUUCCCGAGUCUGACCUGGAGGAGAGGACGGUUGUACCUGGCUCCACAGCAGUGGGUCCCACUCACAGACAGACUGCAAAACAGAAAUCCAAGCCUGAGAGUAUAGUGGGCAAAAAGUGCUUCUUCAAAGGGCACUCUCCCUUAGACAUCUGUCUGAUAAGCAAAGCCUUUUCUCAAAGGAGUAAUGGCUCAUCAGCUUGA